AUGGAUGUGAAGCGUAUCCUCAAACGACGCCCAGUUCACGCCCGUAGUGUCAUGGAGGAGUUCGAGCUUGUCAAUAGCUCCAAGCUCAAUGGGAGUAGAGUCGUCCGCCAUGAGGGGGAAGAGGGGGGGGAGAGGGUGACGACACCGGCUGGAGGGCGGGUGUUCCCUCUGCUGCUCAUCAUAGUGCUCAUCGUGUGGGUGGCAAUGAACAUGCUGGCAGACACCUUUGCAGCCAUGGACAUCUUUCUCAUCGAGGUGCAACUGCUCGUCAUGGUCGCCUCCUUCAACCUCAACUUCCCCGCCUCCUGGGUCAAGACCAUCGUACUGCUCUACAACAUCGCUGCUUUUGAUCCCGACAUCAUCGGGCCAGAAUGCGCGUUCUCCCUGCAGUUCACGGGCAAAUUCUACGCCACCCUUUUCAUCCCCGUUAUAGGCCUCCUCGUUUACGCGCUCGUGUUUGCGCACCACCGCUGGCUGGGCGGCUCUUUUUUCGUGCGCGUGCACUCGUGGCAGCGCAAGGAGCGGCAGCGGCAGCGCCUGGCGCUGCAGCGCUCGGUAACGAAGCGGCGGGCUUAUAACGAGUACGAGAACUCGAUCGUGCACGCGUCGCUAAAAUGGCUGGACAUCUGCUAUGUAUCCGUGAUGGUUAAAGUGCUUCAAGUCUUCAAGUCCCAGGAGAUCGGCACAUCAACGGUUAUGGCAGCAGCACCGCAGAUCGAGUGGCUGUCAUCAGCCCACGUGGGCAUGCUGGUAACCGCAGUGCUGGUUACGGUGGUGUACCUGGUGGGGCUGCCUCUACUGUUCGCUGGCGUUCUCGUGGACGCUCACACGUGUGACGUGCUCUCCUCCACUCUCUUCAAGCAGCGCUUUGGCUGGCUCACCGAGCGAUUCCGACCCAAGUUCUGGUGUUCUGGUGGUGAGUGGAGACUAGUUAUCUACCAGAUUAUUACCAUAACGGGCUGUGCUGGUGUACCUGGUGGGGCUGCCUCUGCUGUUGGCUGUCUCUGCUGUUCGCUGCCUGUGCUGUUGGCUGCUGUGCUGUUGGCUGCUGUGCUGUUGGCUGCUGUGCUGUUGGCUGCUGUGCUGUUGGCUGCUGUGCUGUUGGCUGCUGUGCUGUUGGCUGCUGUGCUGUUGGCUGCUGUGCUGUUGGCUGCUGUGCUGUUGGCUGCUGUGCUGUUGGCUGCUGUGCUGUUGGCUGCUGUGCUGUUGGCUGCUGUGCUGUUGGCUGCUGUGCUGUUGGCUGCUGUGCUGUUGGCUGCUGUGCUGUUGGCUGCUGUGCUGUUGGCUGCUGUGCUGUUGGCUGCUGUGCUGUUGGCUGCUGUGCUGUUGGCUGCUGUGCUGUUGGCUGCCUGUGCUGUCAUCAUAAUUCUGCUAAUCCAAGCCCUCCGCAUAGCCACGCACUACAAGACUGCACCGCUCGCCUCGCUCUCCCUCGAGUACCUGCAAGCCUUCCUCACUCUCGGCCAGUUCUUCUUCACCCUCUCCCUCCUCUCAUACAACUACCUCUCCCUCUCCCUCUUCUCCCAAAUCCUCUUCGGCUUCUCCGCGGCCUUCAUCCUCAUCCCCGCUACAACGCUCCUCGUUUACGACGCGAUAAACAACCAUCUAGAGCUCGCAAACGCGCGCAUGCUACAGCGCGUGUGGCGCGCGGAGCGCAAGCGACAAAAGGCCCGCUUCGACAAAAUGGACCCAUAUGAUUUAGUCCCAGCGCAGGAGAUCUGCUCCUGGUUCCGCCCUCACAUAAUCUUCGCGACCCUCCUUUCCAAACGCACUGAGGAGCGCACGUUGCUGCUCCGGGUUCGGGACCGGUUCGAGACGUGCCGAUUGGUCGGCUUGGCGCCCAUGGAUUGGUUGAACCAUUUGAAGAAGCCGCAGCUUUAUGCGGUGCUGGCGCAGGCGUUGCUGGGAGCGAGCACGGGGCAUGUGACUGUAGCGAGGGUGCCUAAAGGCGGGUGGUUCUGUAGGGAGCAUGGCGUGUGGCAUGCGGCCGGGGAGGAAUGUGAGGGAAGGGAGGGGUCUGGAGGUGUUUCGAGUGGUGGAGGGGAUGGUUCGGGGAGUGGUGAGGGGUUGGGAGGUAUGGAGAGGGAAGGGGGAGAGGGGAGUGUUGGGAGGGGUGGGUUGGGUCCUCGGACGGGAGAAGGGAUGGAAAUCGGUGGAGGUGGGGUUGAGAGAGGUGGGGAGGAGAGGAGAAACGGUCAGCUACCCGUGUUAAACGGGCAACUGAGAGAAGAUUCUUCAGGUGAAUCUCAGGUGAAUGGUCAGGUGGACACGGAGCAGCCGCUGCUGCAGCAGCAGCAGGUGACAGGGAGGGACACGUGGCAUGAGCUGGAUGAGGCUGACGUGUGGCCACCUCAGCUCGAGAGCCACGUCAUCUGGGCGUCUGCCAGCGUGGCAACUGCUGACGUGGACAGCACUGGUGCUGGGAGUGUUGGGAGUGACAGCAGCAGUGAGACUGGCAGCACGCACGGCAGCGGCGGAGGGGUGACCCUCAGAAGCAUGGGUGGGGGAGGAGGGGGCAUGGGUAGUGGCGUUGGGGGUGCUGAUGCCUUUGCUGCUGCUGCUAGUAGGGCGGGACUGGGGCUCCGAGUUGGGCUUGUAGCAGCAGCAGGAGCAGGGGGGGUAGGAGGAGCAGGAGCGGCAGUGGGAGGGCCGGUGAUGAGGAGGACGCCGUCGAUUCGAGUGCAGAACCUGGUGUCGUGGGAGGAGACCCCGCAUGAGGGCUUGCCGGAACAGGGAGCACCUGCUGGUGGUGCUGCCGGGAUGGAUGGAGCAGUGGCAGCGGGUGGGGCAGGGGCAGCAGCAGGGGCAGGCGCAGCGGCAGGGGCAGGGGAAGGGGCAGGCGGUGGGGGGGGUGAAGGAGAAGGGGCAGGAGCAGCUGUGGGGGAAGGAAGCGGAGGGGGUGGGUUGAACCCAGCGGUUGCUGGAAGGAGGCAGCGGAUGGGAGGGUGGUGGGGAAGGGGAGUGCGGGUGAAUGGAGCAGGGGCCGGAGGUACGGGGACCGGUGGUGCUGGUGCGGGUGUAGGGGGAACAGAGCAGCAGCAGCAACAGCAAUACCAGCAGCCGCAGCAGCAGCCUCAGCAGCUGCAGGAGCAGGGGGAGCGAGCGGGUGUGGGCGGGGAGGAGUGUGUAGAGGCGCGGAUGAACAUGGGAGCGCUGAGCCUGGCGUUUCAGAAGCAUCUCGCGCUGCUGGUGCGAGCUGAGAGGACCCGCAGCAGCGAGGCGCUGAGGCUGCUGGUGUGCUCCGAAGCCGUGCCCUCCAUCCUCAGCUGGCUCACCAGCGCUGAAAGCACGAGGGAGCAGCAGCUGCUGGUGGCAGUGCGGGUGAUGCGAUGGCUGCAUGCUGUAACUUACUCCGUCCUUCCCCACAUCCCUUACGCUCUCGUACGGUUGCCAUCUCAGCCCUCUUCUCUGCUAAUGGCCGUGCGAGUGAGAAAUGCACACUUUCACUCACUCCCUCUCACUUUACUCCCCUUCUCUCCACUCUUUUCCCUCUUCUGUAACUAUCCACACAGCACGAGGGAAGAUCAGAUGUUGCUGCGGCAGCUGCUGAUGGCGGUGCGAGUGGCGGCAAGUGAGGAGGCAGGGGGGCUGGAUUGGUGGAGCGGCGUCAAGUGCUUCUACUCCAAACGAGUCACCUUCAAACGGGACAAAGCAGCCCCUGUGGCGUCGGCUCCCACACCCACCCCUGCACCUUCACCCACAUGCUUUCUGUCAUUACCCUUCCCACCAGUCAGGAUAGCUGUCGUCUCAUCCCCUUCUUUCUUCUCAUACUGCCCCUCCCCACCAUCUCCCUCCAGCACCAUUGAACUCGCCCCUCUUACCACCUAG